AUGUCUUCCAGCCGCCUCAUCCUACGCAGUGCACGAGCGGCCGUCACCUUCGGCAGGCCGUUCAGCACGUCGACAGCUCGAUUCAAUACCAACAAUGUCAACAACCGACACCAGGAUACGGCUGAGGAAUAUCGGAGACACCAGAUGGAGAAGCCGCUCAACCCUCACAUGACCAAUACCACUUCAGCGAUUGCGAACGAGAUGCCAGCUGCGGGCAAGGAUAAAGCUCCGCCAGAGCUGCUCAGCAAGGUGGACCCUGAAUUCGUACCAACGGAUGCGGUACCCGAGAACACUGAGCGUAUGACUGGCGGCACACAGAAGGGCAAGCCUGAAAAGGGUGCCAAUGCUGAGCUCGGAGUUGGCGAGAUGGAAGGCGCCAAAUUCAAGGUAGAGCCACUGCGGAGGACAGGCGAGGACGCAAACACCACCCGCGCGAGGCUAUUAUACCAAAGCCGUAAAAGAGGAACGCUAGAAAGUGACCUCCUUCUCUCCACCUUCGCCGACGCCAACCUCGGCCGCAUGACUCCUCAGCAACUGCAGCAAUACGAUCUCUUCCUCGACGAAAACGAUUGGGACAUCUACUACUGGGCUACGCAACAACCGACGCCGACCUCGACCGAAUAUGCGGAAGGCGGCUCACCCGAUAUGGCCACGCCUACUGCUCAGGGCAAGGCUCCUGCCGAUACGGAUGAGUGGCGGCAGGGUCAGCCUAGAUCUGGGGAGUGGGCGCAGACUGUCGGCACGUUCAAGCCUGCGUACAGGCCCGUCCCACAAAGGUGGAAGAACUCGGAGAUCUUGUCGAUGCUGAGGAAACAUGUCAAGGACCGUAGUGCAGGUGGCGUGCAUGAGGCGUCGGCGAAGGUGGAGGGGCAGGCGCUGAACCAAAGCGUGACGGGUACUGGGGGUGGUGGACUUGGUUUCAUGCCUGAGGUCAAGAAUUUUGAUACCUGA